AUGCCUAAGGAAAUCAAGGAGAUAAAGGACUUCCUCCUUACUGCCCGGAGGAAGGAUGCUAAGAGUGUGAAGAUCAAGAAGAAUUCCGACAACGUGAAGUUCAAGGUGCGAUGCAGUCGGUACCUCUACACAUUGGUGGUGAAGGAUAAGGAGAAAGCAGAGAAACUGAAGCAAUCUCUGCCUCCUGGACUUCAAGUCAAGGAGCUGAAAUCAAGAAAGAACUAA